UAAACAGAAGUGUGUGGUGGAGAGAGACGAGGAGAAAGAGACACUAUCAACACAACAUCAACACCACCUGAUACUCUCUCAUCAGGGAUCAAUCAGCCAAAUAGGGCAAAUCUUAUUUUGUGUGUUUUUUUAUUGGGAAGAUUUUUUGGAGAUGUCCAACGUACAGUUCUCAUCGAGCAGCAGCGCUCUGGAGCUAACCCUGGUGGCCAGGAGGACGUUUCCUCUCCACAGACGCACCUCCGUCUGCCGCAGCCUCUUCGGACCGGUGGAUCACGACGAGCUCAACCGGGAGAUGAAAGUCAAGCUGCGGGAGAUUUCCGACCGGGACCAGCAGAGAUGGAACUUUAAUUUCGAGGAAAACACCCCGCUGCUGGAUGGGGAUUACGAGUGGGAAGAGGUGUCCGUGGAUAAGACUCCAGUGUUUUAUCAGGACUGUGUGCAGAAAGGCAGGAGCAGGGUGCUGGAGACACCCGUCAAGCAGAGGCCAUCCUCGGACUCUGUUCUCCUGGAGAGCCCUGAUAUGGAUGUACUGGAGCGCCUUGCAGUGCCAGAGAGCAGCAGCAGCAGCAGCAGCAGCAGUAACAGCAGCAGUAGCAGCAGCACCAGCAGCUCUCCAUGCACGGUGGAGGUGAACCAGGAGAACCGCACAGACAAGCUCAACUCAGGGAAACGAGCUCACAGAUUAGACCCGUGUGUUAGAAGCAAAAGAACAGCCACUACUGACACCAACAACGCACACAUCACAGACUUCUUCGUGAAACGAAAGAGAGCUGCUGCUGAUAAAAAGUCGAACGAUAUGAGCGCUUGCCACCACUCUGUGUCUCCAAUCCCGGUGGAACAAACUCCACGAAAGAGGAUCCGUUGAAGGUGUUUUUGCACUAUUUUGCCUGCGCUUUUUUUGAGGAUCAAGACGAGGAUGUUUCUCCCUGGUAGUUAAAGAAGGAGAAGAGAAAACAGGAGUUACGGUGUGGAGGAGAAAGAUGCCCAGACGCUCCGGUUGCUUCGGCUCGGUGCGCAGCCUGGACACCGGACCAGACUCUCAGGACUGAACGGUUUGGGGGGUGGGUUGGGGGGGUUUUAGGGGAAAAAGAGGACAUUUCUCCGAAUGACUUCUAUCCAGUACAAAUGUAGCAUUCAUUGUUGCUUUUGCAUACAGCCACUCGACAGUGUUAAAGGUCCCAUAUUGUAAAAAGUGAGAUUUUCAUGUAUUUUACAUUAUAAAGCAGUUUUAAGUGCUUUAUAAAUACUGUUAAACUAUCAAAACGCUCAAUAUAGGGAGAAAUACACACAG